AUGACCCCGACUUUUAAGAGAUCCUCUCACUUCUUUUUUCCCUUUUUAUCGGUGACCCGUCCUUCCUUUUCAUCCUUUAUCUUAUCUCUCCUCCUUCCUCAAGCUCCUUUGAUCUUUUCCCUGGAAAAAGGCCUCAUCCCAUCUCUUCUUUCAAGGGCUAGCCCAACUCCUCCGCAAUACGUGCUAUGGUACCACAACUCCAAGAUGAUCAACUACGACACAACAAGGGGAGGUGUUCAAGUGAGGACGGAACAGGGACAGAAGACAGAGAGCCACCUGACCAUACACGAAGCUAAGGACUCAGACUCUGGAAACUACACUUGCAGCGCCUCCAACACCCAGCCUGCCUAUAUCCACGUCUUCGUGUCAGAUGGCGUUGAAAUGUACCGAAGAGACAUAAUCGUGAAAGUUAAUACCCUGCUAGAACAUAGCCGUCCACCGGCUUACUCGAUGGCUCUCUUCACCUUGAGAAAGGCAUUAGGCUCCAUAUGGUUUCCUAGGCCUAUUCUUGGGUUUCCGUCCAUGUCUGCGAAGUAG